AUGCCCACCACACAUAUCGGCUACUACGAUCCGUUUGAUGUCUUUCCUCUAAUCUCGACUGAGCUUCGGGCGCAUCUUCCCCUUACCAACGUGCACUGGAAGCCGUCAUUCACGCCGGCGGGGGCAAAGCCGCUGAGUUUGCGUUCCAUUCCCGCAUUACCCGUCCAGUUUGCCGAAGAGAUCCCCAAUGUGGACCAGCAACACGAAGAAACGCCGCCACUCCUCCGUAUGAUGUUGGUGCAGUGCGACUCGCUUGACAUCUACCGCGCCCAGGUGCGCCCGCUCGUCCAGCAGUGGCUCAAGCUCUCAGUGGAGCAGUGUCGGCAACCGAUUGAGUGGUUAAUUGUGUUCUACGCGCCCGGAGCUGUGUCUGUGAAGAAGAGCACUGCCCUUCUGGAGAAGCUAAAGGUGGAUUUCAACGGGACCGGCGAAAGAGUGGUAAAGAUUUGUGGGGAGGAGCUGAAGAGCGUGUUAAACCAGCAAUGGAAUGGGCUUAUGAGCGCGUUAAAAAUUUCUCUCGUAAGUUCGUUUGAUGAGAGGAUUAGUUUACUCCACCGGGAGGAGGCCCCAGAGAGGUACCAGAGCCCGAAGGAAUCUACUGGCAACUCCACGAAAGCUGGGGGGCCCCAGGAUGGCUCAGAUAGCCCCGAUAGAGAUGACACGCCCCCUGGUUCAGACUCUGAGGGCCUCCCCUGGAUCAAAUUCCUUGUCCAGAUGGAAAAAAUGGCAUUGCUCUACCAAGACUUGAAGAUGUUCCAGGACGCGAUGAACCAGUACCGCUUCAUCCUGCGCUUUGUACACACCCAACUUCCUCUGUUUGUGCUUUCGGACCACAUCGAUAAGCUUCCAGCGAUGGACGACUUCAGCUUUACCUCUUAUGUUUCAAAAAUGGCCUCGAUCAAAGCGAUGAAGGAGCCAGGCUCGGUAAACCCCUCUCUCUUCCAGUACAGAUGCCACUUGUUUGUGCAGCAAACGUCGCUCCUCCAGCAGUUAUCGUUCGGGACGCACUUUUCCCAGAUCAUUCCCGCGAACUUUUCGGUUGACCACCUGCUCGAACUCCUCGCGUGUGUUAAGGCGUUUGUGACGGAAUUGCUGACGUUGCCGAAAUCCACGCAUGACGCGCGUUUGGUUGCCGAAUGGUCGUAUGUCGUGGUGGAUGGCUAUUUGAAAUUGCUAUCGCAGGUCACCGACCCGGCCUCCACCGCGGACUUUGCGGAAAAACUCGACUCAAAGGCGGAACUUGCGGAGCUUCUCGGGGACUUGCAGUUUGCCCAGCGUUCCAACGCGAUGUUUUUGGCCAACAGCAUCACCGAUUUCCGUGUCAAUUUGCACUCCACGAUGGAUGAAAUCUCCCUAGACGAACCCUCGCCGGUCUACUCCUUGACGUACCCUCCCUUGGUCUCCAUGAUUCUGUCCAAAGCAAACUACAUUUCCUGUCUCAGCGACCUCACGCAGGGGAUCAUCAAAAAGUAUAGCUCCCUGAAGACCUCCACCAAGCCCAACACCGUUGACGCUCUCUCCAUCGACCUCGCUAUGAUUGAAUGUGUCUACCGCCAGAACUACGCCACCGCAAAGGCGAUUCUCCGCGACAGCUUUGCCUUCUAUUACCAGCAGGGGUGGUCAGAAAUCGGCGGCUUCGUCAUGGAACUCUACCUGAAAUGUCUUGAGAACUUGAUGGCCAGUGAAGAGACCGACGACACCACCCGCGACUUGCUGAUGUGCUACUUGGAUGGUCUUAUCCGCUUGGCCCACCUCAGAUCCCUGGAACAGACUGACAGAGACAUGCAGGGCCUCUGGAAGAAACUCACCAACCUCACGUUUUCCCCGGAAGCCGAAAGGCUCGUGUACCCGUUGGGAAACUUGUGGCGCGCGGAAAUCUUCCCCUACAUUGAACACCUUCCGUCUGACCGCAUCCGCCUCUCUCUCACCAUCGUCAGUCCGUUCAAUCUCAGUAUCUCCGUCGACAGCGUCUCCCUUUCGGUGCGCAACGUAAACGAUUUUGACGAGCAAGUGGUCUUUGAUAGUCCUUCCGUGGUCUUGUCUCCGGGUAAAACCACCGUGUCUGUCGAAUCCCGCGACAUGGUGAUGGGCCACUUCCAGCCGUGCGAUCUCACCGUACGGGUAAAUUCCUUCAUCGACCUAGUUCACGACUUUUCAGACACUCCCCCCGUGUUUCUCUACCCGCAUCCGUCUAACCUCACGCUUGACGCGUUCGUGCCGCUUGUGACUGACUUGGGAGGCGCAAAAACGCUCUCGCUCAGACUCACUAACGGCAUCCAGCGGAUUGCCCAUGCCUCCAUCGAGUUCUGGUCGGGAACGCCGGACCUCAACCUCUUGAUUGGCUCAAAACAGGGCAUGGUAGGCCGUUCGCGGUUGAACCCCGACCGCCAGAUUGCCGUAUUGUCCAACAGCAGCGACCUUCUCUCGGUGCGGUUCAGUGACGUCUUGCCCCAAGAUGAGCUUGUUAUUGACAUCCCAUACCUGCUGGCGAGUCAAACGCUCAAGCUCAAAGCGAAGCUCACAUAUGAGAACGAGCAGGGCGAGGUGUUUUCGCACGUGUUGAAGGUCCUUGACUUGGAUAUUGCCUUGCCGGUGGGCGUCACCGUCCAGGACUUGUUCAAGUCGCAUAAGUUGUAUGCCCGUUUCAGUGUCGGAGUUGUGAAUAACUCGCAGCCGUUGCGUAUAGGAGCGUGCAACUUGACAUGUGAUGCUGGUUAUGAUAUUGCAACAGCCCAGACGUACCCCGGCUCAGUAUUGGCCUUCAUGAGCCAGCCAGUGUCUGUGUUCUACAAGAUUGAGCCGAAAGAUAGCCAUUCAGUGACCGGCUCCGAUACCUUGCGGAUGCACAUCCGCUACCGCAACCUCCACGAGGAAUGUUUGCUCGUGUUGAACACACGAUUCCAGGCUUUUGUUGCCGAUCAUUCUGAGUUUGCUGACUACCUCGUUGUUUUCCAGAGUUUGCUCAAGCGAUGUGUCUUUGACUUGGUCUUGUUUUCCACUACCCAGGUUGUAACGUUGACCAGUACCAUCCAGGAGCUCGACCCGGAGUGCGUGUUGAACCACAUUCGCCCCGAAGCCCGUUCCCGCGCGGUUAUUGCGCUAUUUUCUCUGUUCUUGCAACCGUUCCAGGUCGGAAUUAUCAUAACUAACGCCAUUUCCUACAACUCUAUCGACAGGCAGCUCUACUUGCCGGUGCCGAUUCCGUUGGUGAACAUCAUUCACAUGGUGGAGUUCCAAUACGACGUGGACGCCCGGUACGUGGUGGGCGAGCCAAUUGAGAUGAGAAUUUGUGUUGACUCGACGAGACAUUGGCGGGGGGAGACAAAGACAGCGGAAAGGGGUCAGAUUGUCGAAGCGGAAGCCAGCGGCCGGAAAGUCGAGCCUCCCGUGAACAAUCUGAUGGAUACCAUCAUCCCCACGGUGCCUGAAAAGCCCAAGAAGCGGGUGAAUUUCAAAAAGUCAGAGACGGAAAGCGGCCCCCGUGAUGACCUCUUUGUAUUGGAUUUGCAAACGUCGGAGAACUGGUUAGUAAGCGGCAACAGACGGGCAAACUUCCAGGUCGCCAAGGAUGCCGCGAAGCAGCACUCGCGCGUGUUCAACGUGGUGUUAGCGCCGUUAAAGGUGGGCAAGUUGCCGCUUCCGAAAGUCACUAUCCGCUAUUUAAACGACGAGGAUGAACAUUACAACGAUGAGGAAUACGUGAUGGUUGUGGAUAAUAAGAACGAGACCCAGGCAAUCAUGAUUAUUCCCGAGUUGGACCAGAUUACGUUCACAUUUUAG